ACCGGAAGCGUGCGACUAUACACUCAUCAUCUUACCUCUCUUCCGAGUCCUCUGCAUUUCUGUCCGUUAUUUCAUUAAACGUUCGUUGUACAAGGAGAUUAUACAUUUGAAAACUGCAGAAACUACAAUGUGCUGUUUAAAAUAGCAUUUCAAGCUUAAAUUCAUGAGGAAGAUAACGGCCAACUGCUGUGAAGAUGAGGAGGCUGAACAAAAAGAAAGCACUGAACUUUGUGAAGGAGUUGGACGCUUUCCCCAAGGUUCCCGAGAGUUAUGUGGAGACCACAGCCAGUGGAGGAACUGUGUCUGUGUUGGCCUUCACGGCCAUGGCACUCUUGGCCUUCCUUGAGUUCUUUGUGUAUCGAGACACAUGGAUGAAUUACGAGUAUGAAGUGGAUAAGGAUUUUACAAGCAAACUACGAAUUAAUAUUGAUAUCACAGUUGCCAUGAGGUGCCAAUUUGUUGGAGCAGAUGUGUUGGAUCUAGCCGAGACGAUGGUGGCAUCUGAUGGCCUGCAGUAUGAACCUGUUGUUUUUGAACUUUCUCCUCAGCAGAGGCUCUGGCACAGGACACUUUUGCUCAUUCAGAACCGUCUGCGUGAGGAACAUUCACUCCAGGAUGUUUUGUUUAAGAACGUCAUGAAAGGUGCCCCCACUGCUCUCCCACCCAGGGAAGAUAAUCCCACUCAGCCUCUAAAUGCCUGCCGGAUACACGGAUACCUUUACGUCAAUAAAGUAGCAGGAAAUUUCCACAUCACAGUUGGCAAGGCCAUCCCACACCCUCGAGGUCAUGCCCAUUUAGCGGCCCUGGUCAGCCAUGAGACAUACAACUUCUCCCAUCGUAUAGACCAUCUGUCUUUUGGAGAGGAAAUACCUGGCAUAUUAAAUCCACUGGAUGGCACAGAGAAAGUGUCCGCGGAUCAUAAUCAAAUGUUCCAGUACUUCAUUACCAUUGUGCCCACAAAACUGCAGACGUACAAGGUGUCAGCGGACACACACCAGUAUUCAGUCACUGAACGGGAGCGAGUGAUCAACCACGCGGCGGGGAGUCAUGGGGUUUCUGGGAUCUUUAUGAAGUAUGACAUCAGCUCUCUGAUGGUGAAGGUGACGGAGCAGCACAUGCCCUUGUGGCAGUUCCUCGUGCGGCUCUGUGGCAUCAUAGGAGGCAUUUUCUCAACAACUGGCAUGUUGCACAGUCUGGUUGGCUUCUGCGUAGACGUGGUCUGCUGUCGUUUUAAACUGGGGGUUUAUAAGCCCAAGAGUAUGAGUGUUUUUGAUGGCCAUGUGAACAGCCUGACGCCUCUUCUUUCUGAGAAUGCUGAACAGUAGCUGGGCUCUCCUCCUUACGGCAUUUAAAGCUCAUUUCAGUCACAUUUCAAUCUGAAUCACAACUGUUAAGUUUCAGGAUUCUGUUAAUACAUGACAUUGAGGUUGGUUGUCA